GCCCGCUUCGCUCUCACAAUUCAGGGUCCUUGGAAAAGCCGAUCAGACAAACACUACAAUGUCUAAACUCUUCACCAUCUUCACCAUCUUUUUUCUGCUUAGCUUAGGCCUCAUCCACGCCUCUCGUCCCAACGUUGGAUUCCCCGGCCACUCUUCUCUGCAUGAGGAUGCUAUGGAAAUGAAGACAGAGCUGGAAGGUGAAAACUGCGACGAAACAGUGGAAGGUAAAGAAGAAUGUUUGAUGAGAAGGACGCUAGCGGCGCAUGUCGAUUAUAUCUACACCCAGAAGCACAAGCCCAAAAAUUAAACGUCAUCACUUGUCGUCAGUUCUAUCUUGUCUUAUGAAUCCUCCAGUCUAUUACAAAGAUACAACAAUAAAUCAAACAUAAGUAUAUAUAGAGCCUCUCUUAUUGUUAGUGUGUGUGUGUGUGUGUGUCUAUAUGUUCUUCGUUUAUGUGAGCUGAAUAAGCGUCUGGUUGUUUGAGCUGUCAUAAUACUGUUAAACUUGUACGUACUCCAUCAACCUCUGGUUUCCUGUACGCUCUGAUCAGAUUAAUCAUAGUUUUGGUGAAAUUAUGGUUUU